UAUUAAUAAAAAGGUAGUGCACUACGUAGUCGGUGGACUUCCGUUAUUCCACACAGUACGUAGUGCGCAUGUAUAGGGAUUUGAUAGGCGUUUGGAAUUCGGCAGUUUUCUGUUGCUCCGAACCGGAAGCAGCGGUAACGACUGCAUCAUGUUGUGUUACAGGGCGAGGAUAGUGAAUGUCAGCCGUUGCUAGGUGGAUCUCUACAGUAAUCGCGUCACAAAAUAAGAUGAUUUAAAAUAUAUAUAUAUAUUUAAAAAAAAAACAUGAUGUAGCGUGAUAAAGGACGAGGACGAGAUUCUGAGAUCUUCAUCAGCAAGUCGGAAGCUUUUAUUUACGUCGCCGCGCGCUGCUUUGAAGCUGUGGUAAAGGGAUGCCAGCUGCCUCGAGCUGUGAUUGUCCGCACCUGGAGUGCGUCGGAGAGAUCACUAAAGAGGAGCUCAUCCAAAAGUCUCAUGGCCAGUGUCAGGACUGCAAUGUCGAUGGGCCAAACCUGUGGGCCUGUCUGGAAAAUGGCUGUGCUUAUGUCGGCUGCGGAGAGUCUCACGCCGACCACAGUACGGUCCACUCUCAGGAGACGCAGCACAACCUGACAGUGAAUCUGACCACGCUGAGGGUUUGGUGUUACGCCUGUUCCAAGGAAGUCUUCCUGGACAGGAAGCUGGGCCCUGUAACCCCGCCCCCUGGCGCUGCCAAACCCAUCUCACCUGUCCCGCUGCCUGGCCAGGAUCCCAGAGUUCCGGGCAGCCCCACCGCCCUGAGAGCACCCGAGGAUCUGGACAUGGACACCGAAGAUGAAGACGACCCGAGGACCAGAGGUCUGACCGGCCUGAAAAACAUCGGCAACACCUGCUACAUGAACGCAGCACUACAGGCGCUGUCCAACUGUCCUCCACUCACUCAGUUCUUCCUAGACUGCGGUGGUCUGGUCCGAACAGACAAGAAGCCGGCACUGUGUAAAAGCUACCAGAAGCUCGUUACAGACCUGUGGCACAAAAACAGGCCUUCCUAUGUCGUCCCAACAAACCUGUUCCAGGGCAUCAAAGCUGUUAAUCCAAUGUUCCGAGGUUACUCCCAACAGGAUUCUCAGGAGUUUCUACGCUGCCUGAUGGACCAGCUGCACGAGGAGCUCAAGGAGCCGGUAGAAGAACUCGAGGACCAGAGUCAGACCGCAGGGGCAGACGAAGACGAGCCAGACGAGCCGGCCGAACCUCACGAGGCUAACGAAGCCAACACACUUAUCUCGGAUGAGGAAAAAGCAAGCCGAGAGCGGCAGAGGGACAAGAACCUCAUCAACGAGCUGCACCGAGCCGACCUGGACAAGGACGAGGACACGGCGACCAUCGUCAGCAGCCAGGGAGCCAUCAAACACAGCAAGGCCACGGACAGUAACACGGAGAUCCAAAUCAGUGGCGGUGAGAACAUUGGGUCCAAACUGUCCAGCAGCCCGCCCAAAUCCUCCCCCAUGUGGCCGAACUUCAACCCAGCACACAAGAAAGUGACCAUGUUUGCUCCCCCGAAGAGCAAGCGGCAGAGGAAAUACCGCAGCGUCAUCUCCGACGUUUUCGACGGCACCAUCGUCAGCUCGGUUCAGUGCCUGACCUGCGACAGGGUGUCAGUGACUCUGGAGAACUUCCAGGACAUUUCCCUGCCCAUUCCCGGGAAAGAGGAUCUCGCCAGGCUUCACUCGGCCACUCAUCAGACGUCGAUGGUGAAGACGGGUUCGUGUGGCGAGGCUUACGCACCUCAGGGCUGGAUUGCCUUCGUCCUCGAGUACAUCAAGAGCUGGUUCUGGGGCCCGGUGGUCACGCUACAGGACUGUCUGGCUGCCUUCUUCGCGCGAGACGAACUGAAAGGAGACAACAUGUACAGCUGUGAAAAGUGCAAGAAGUUGAGAAAUGGAGUCAAGUUCUGCAAAGUGCAGAGUUUGCCAGAGAUCUUAUGCAUUCAUCUGAAGCGCUUCAGGCACGAGCUGAUGUUCUCCACCAAGAUCAGCACUCACGUCUCUUUCCCACUGGACGGCCUGGACCUGCAGCCCUUCCUGGCGAAAGACAGCUCGGCCCAGACCACCACCUACGACCUGCUGUCCGUCAUCUGUCACCACGGCACAGCCAGCAGUGGUCACUACGUGGCUUACUGCCGCAACGACCUGAACCAGAUGUGGUAUGAGUUUGACGACCAGAGCGUGACCGAAGUCUCAGAGUCCUGCGUCCAGAACGCAGAGGCCUACGUUCUCUUCUACAAGAAGAGCAGCGAGGAGGUGCAGAAGGAGAGGCGGAGAGUGACAGCUUUGCUCGACAUGAUGGAGCCGAGCCUGCUGCAGUUCUACAUCUCCCGCCAGUGGCUCAACAAGUUCCGGACAUUCGCCGAGCCCGGGCCCAUCUCCAAUCGUGACUUUCUGUGCGCACACGGAGGUGUUCCGCCCCACAAGGCUGCAUAUAUCGAUGAGCUCGUGGUCAUGCUGCCCCAAAACGUCUGGGACCACCUGUACAGCAGGUAUGGAGGAGGGCCAGCCGUCAACCAUCUGUACGUCUGCCACACCUGCCAGCUGGAGAUUGAGAAGCUGGAGAAACGGCGCAAGAACGAGCUGGACAUGUUCGUACGGCUGAACAAGGCAUUUCAGGAGGAGGAGUCCCCCGUGGUCAUCUACUGCAUAAGCAUGCAUUGGUUCCGUGAAUGGGAGGCUUUCGUAAAGGGCAAGGACAAUGAUCCUCCGGGACCUAUCGACAACUCGAAGAUAGCUGUAAGCAAAAACGGCCACGUCACACUCAAGCAAGGCGCUGAUUCGGGUCAGAUCUCAGAGGACACGUGGAACUUCCUGCACUUGAUCCAUGGCGGCGGUCCCGUGGUGACAGUGCGACCCAGCGUGAGCCACCAGGACCCCGACGCCUCUCAGGCUGAGGAGAAGAUCGAGGUGGAGACUCGCGCCUUGUAGAGAAAAAUAGGAAAUCGGUCACUUUGCACUUGCCUUUCCCUCACACACUUCAUUCCCUGUGUGUGCAUUCUUUACAAAGUUAUAAGUUAAUAAACGUUGUGAAUUACUCAUGUUUGUAUAUAUGACACUGAUGGUUAGUUAGUUAGUUAGUUAGUUAGACUUAAAGGGGAAAUUGUCCUGAAAAUCAAAUUGACACAUUUUUUCUUUUGCUCCUAUGUUGCUGUUCGGCAACAAGUAAUGCUGUCUAUCGCACGUAAAAUCUUUCCUUUAAAUACACACCAUUUUUUAAUCACAUGCAUCACUUCCAGCUUUCAAACCUAAGAAGGCAGAGCCUGUGGAACAGAUUGUUUUGCUAAUAAAAUAAAGAGACGAUGCUGGUUGUCCAAAAUGGCCGCCCCAUAACAUUACGCUUUACGUUUUAAGAUCGCUGUAAGCUAUACAGGGUUGUAAAUCACCCAGAAAAAAAAAACAGGUGGUGUGAGCAGAAAUUAAUUUAUUUUUUGCGUGUGAUAGAUUUCUAUUACGUUAGUGACAUUGUCCGAAAGAUUUUUUUGCUACAAAAGCAAAUAACAAAAAUAUCUGUGGCGAUUGAAAGAAUUUUAGGAAAUAAUUUCAUUGUGUAAAUUUUCAUUGUUUUUAGACGAACUGUCCCUUUAAAGGAGCGAUAAACAUAAUUAUGUAUUAAAAAAUGCUUAAUUAUUGAUUAGUAGCUGGACAACACCUUUCGGUGCUGCGUAAUGAAUCGCUCGAAUUGUGUGACCAUUAUCAAACUAAUAAAACCUGACUCUUCUUGCUUCUUUAAAGAAAAAUUAUCAGAAAUACUGUCAAGGAUGUGUGUGUGUAAUAUAUAUCCAGGUGCACUCUAAGCUACGGGGAAAGCGUCUUUGUGAGCGACGUGUGCAAUUAUGAGGGGAUCAAAACCGCCGAGUACCGUAUUUUCCGGAAUAUGGGUCACCUCAGUGUUUAAGAGAUAUUGGUCGCAUGAGUUGCAGUAAUGUAGUAGGGAUUUUUACUUAACAUGCCCGUGACCUUUACUAGUAUAGUUGAAUUUAGUUUUUGUCCCUUUAGUGUUGCCGUAGUUUAGCGAUCUUAAUCCCUAUGUCCUAAUAAAGACGAAAUCUUGUUUACUUUAGACGUAGAAUUGUUUGGCUUCUCAUAAUAUAGAUGCUCAUAAACAUCCUGUACCCACCCGAGUUAACACCAAAUAAGUAUGUGUACUAGAAUCAGGCCAAUACGGAAGUUAAAAUGAAUACUUCGCUUUCCUAGAAGACAAAACAACCCACGCGUCUUAUACUCCGGAAAAUAUGGUAAUCUCAGCGUUCCCAACCAAA